AUGGAAGAUAACCACUGGGUUGAUAUGAUGAUAGAUAAAAUCGGAUUUGCAUUAACCAAGGUUGAUGAAUCGAUUCAAAAGAGUAUUGAACUCUGGAAAGACUUAACCAAAGACAUAUAUGACGAGCAGCCUACACAAGACACAAUCAAACAACCAAAUACUAGUAAAUCCGGUGAAGAAGAUUCCUCUCAAGAAUCACCGACCCAACACUGGGCCAUGUGUGCUUCAAAAAUUCCAGAGAGUUUGAUUCAAGAACAAGGGGAUGAUGAAGUUGAUGAGGAAAAAGAAAAAGAAAAAGAAGAUGACGAGAGUACAGUUUCGGAAUCUAGUGGUGAAGAAGACAUGUGUGAGCUUACUUUGGGAGCUAGUACUGAUUUGAGUUUGAAGUGGAAAGAUGGUUAUGAACAAUUAAAGGAUGAUGAUAUAUCAUUGGAUGAUGAUUAUGAUCAUUGGAGGUAUUGCUACUUACCUCCUGUGCACCCUCUCCAUAAAGAAAAUAAUGCUUUGAAUCCACUAGGGAGUCCUUAUCAUAUGUCAACAAAUGAUGAUACGUGUUCCAAAAAAGAUGAUGAAGAGGAAGAUGAAGAUGAGACUAACUCGGAGACGAGCUAUAUCCCUAGUGGGUACCAUCAUCGUAAUGAAGAAGACACUGAUUCAAGAGAUGGUGAUGAGAUGUUAAAGAUGGCGAGGUGGAGGGCGAGAGAUGGUUAUGAGCUGUUAAAGAAUGAUGACACGUCUUCCAAAGAUGAUGAUGAUGUUGAUGAUUCAUGGGUUGAUGAAUUGAUGGAAUGGAUGGAGAAGCGUGGAAUGGUCAUGAGAUGUAGUACAGACUGUGGCUGUUUACACGGAUUUGUGGAUGUGAAGAAAGAGGAGGUUGGGAAUAAAAUGGAAUGUGGCGAGGUCGAGACACUUUUACCAGAAUGUGAUUGGGUUUAUGUGACGAGGGACGAGGGAAAUUCAUAUGGGAUUGAUUCAGUCAAAAUUAAUGCGGCGGCAGAGGCUGUGGUGGUCACGGAGGCAGUGGAGGCCACGGUGGAGAGGGUGGUGGAUAUGGCAGGUGGAGGCGGUGGAUGCCACGGUGGAGAUAGUGGUGGUUAUAGAGGAGGCGGUAGUAGAAGACGAGGGGGAAUAUAUACUUGGAUACAGAUCUAA